AUGAAUUUUACAAAACCACCGUUACCGUUCUUUGGAAAUAAGGGUAAAUGUAAAGAUAUUAUAUUGAGAGAACUUAAGAAACUACCGAAUGGUCUAACAUUUGUAGAUUUGUUCGGUGGAAGUUUCUAUAUAUCCCAUUUGUGCCAUACAAUAUUCCCAGACUCAAAGAUUAUAUGCAAUGACUUCGACAACUAUAUGGACCGUCUCAAACAUAUACCAGACACAAACAAUAUAUUGAAAGCGUUAAAAGAAAAGAUACCUAUAGGUAAGAUGGAACGUAUACCAUUAGAUAAGAAAAAUAUUGUGAGAGAGGUUUUGAAAAAAGCAGAAUAUAUAGACUGGGAUAGUAUAUCUGCUAGACUAUUAUAUAGUGGUGCUAUAAGAGUUCAUGACAUUGAAACACUUAUGUCAAAAGUUUUAUAUCUUAACUAUACAAAUGUUUUCAAAGAGAACAUAGAAAAAUAUAUUGA